AUGGCCCAAUGGUACAAUGGUUCAAUACCAGAUAUAAAGCAUUUCUUCUUUAUCAAAAGUACAGAGGAUCUAUGCUUUGUGGAAAAGAGUGGACGUACGAGGGUUUACAUGUUUUCUUCAAACCAAUUUCGACCCGAAUCUUUACAACUACCAUCAAACUUCUCGAAGGUGCUAAGUACACCUGAUGGAUCCUGUAUCGUUGCCUUUGUUAGGGAGAUUGCAGCCGAGGAAGGAGAAAAAAAUGACAAUAUCGAGAGCGAUACUGAAAAAAUUAACGAUAUAACCGAAUUCGUAGACCCUGUUAGUCAUGGCUCUGUUUCGGAAGAUAAUAAAGAGGGAUACCAAGCACAUAUAUUCUUUUACGCAAAGUUCGGUAGAGCCGCUAGUAAAGGUAACAUUUAUUUUUAG